ACACGAAGCCCGCCCAUCGAUCGAUUCUCGAGGACCGAAACUGAAGCGGCCUCGGAUUGGCGAAUUUGGAGUGCGAUUUUGGUGCACCUCUCGAUCGCUCGUGCAGUCUGGGGAAUGCUCGAGCAAGGCUUGCGGUGCUCUCCGGAAGUCGUGUUUUACGAGAAGAAUUUACUCGCAGGCCAGUCCCAAUGUGUCACACUGAGAUUGGAAGGAAGGAAGGAAGGAAUGUUAGAAGCCCAUGCGUGGUGAAGGAGGAAUGAUGUUAUUAUCACCGAGGGGAAUUGCUCUUUUACCGAGAAGAUUAGUGCCAGGGCAGUGGAGAGAAUUUGGCUUAUAGACUUAGGCAAUUUGCUAGCAAUCUGCUAGAGAGAGAGAGAGAGAGAGAGAGAGAGAGAGAGAGAGAGAGAGAGAGAGAGAGAGAGAGAGAGAGAGAGAGAGAGAGAGAGAGAGAGAGAGAGAGAGAGAGAGAGAGAGAGAGAGAUUGAUUGAUUGAUUGAUUGAUUGACUGAUUGAUCUAGCUUGCAAUGGGAAUUAAAGGGCUAACGAAGCUGUUGGCCGACAAUGCACCGUCGUGCAUGAAAGAAACGAAGUUUGAAGGUUAUUUCGGUCGGAAGAUUGCAAUUGAUGCCAGUAUGAGCAUUUACCAGUUCCUCAUCGUUGUGGGACGAACGGGGAGCGACAUGCUGACGAAUGAAGCUGGAGAUGUUACAAGUCAUCUUCAAGGAAUGUUCACGAGGACCAUUCGAAUUCUCGAGGCGGGCAUCAAGCCCGUUUAUGUGUUUGACGGAAAGCCCCCCGAUUUGAAGAAAGAAGAGCUGGCCAAGCGCUAUGCCAGGCGCGACGAUGCAGCGCAGGGUCUCGUGGAAGCUGUCGAGGCAGGGGAUCAGGUUGAUAUUGAGAAGUUCAGCAAGAGGACGGUGAAGGUGACGAAGCAGCACAACGAGGAUUGUCGCAAGCUUCUACGACUUAUGGGUGUUCCGGUAGUUGAGGCGCCGUCGGAAGCGGAGGCCGAGUGUGCUGCCCUCUGCAAGGCAGACAAAGUUUUUGCCGUGGCCUCGGAGGAUAUGGACUCAUUAACAUUUGGGUCCCCUGUAUUUCUACGGCAUCUGAUGGAACCAGUUGCCCGCAAACUGCCAGUCAUGGAGUUUUCUACUGCCAAGGUUUUGGAAGGGCUAGAAUUGACAAUGGACCAAUUUAUUGACAUGUGCAUUCUCUGCGGUUGUGAUUACUGUGAUAGCAUCAAAGGUAUUGGACCGCAGUCAGCAUUGAAACUUAUCCGCCAGCACGGUUCUCUGGAACAGAUCCUUGAGAACUUGAACAAAAGUAAGUAUCAGAUUCCUGAAAACUGGAACUAUAAAGAAGCUCGGCGCUUGUUUAAGGAGCCUCUUGUGACACCUGCGGAGGAGAUGCCUGAGCUCAAGUGGGUUGCUCCUGACGAGGAAGGACUGAAGAAGUUCUUGGUUGACGAGAAUGGUUUCAAUCUGGAGCGCAUCAGCAAGGGUAUAGAGAAGAUCAAGAGUGCAAAAAACAAAUCCUCUCAAGGGCGGCUUGAGUCAUUCUUUCAAUUGUCUGCUGCUCCCAAGAGGAAGGAACCAGAUACUAAAGAGACGCCUGCGCAAAAGAAAGCUAAAGGAAAGGCUGCUGAGAAGGCUAAAGGUAAGCCCGGAGCUAAACCUGGCCCCAAAGCCGGUGGAAGAACGAAGAUGAAGUGAAUGCUUCCAGGUAACAAAAUGCGUUCAUCAAGGACCUCCAAGACGAUGGCAGCUCCGCGGAGGCUGUGUAUGGCCGAUGACCUGCCGACCUGAGAAGAUGAGGUGAGGCAUGCCAUGGUACUUUGCACAACUGAAGGCAGGAUUUGGAAGGAAUGUGCGAGAGUCUUUCAGCUUGUUACACGUGAUUUCUGGACUUGUCAAUGAUUUUACGCUGUGUGCUGCAUCCUCUCGACAAUCACCUGUUUGUUGUAGACAUAACAGGUGAAAGUUUGCUGUCAGUGCGAUUUUCAACGUAGCUCACCGGUGCUACUGCAAAGUUGCUUCGUGAGAUGAGAUAAGGAACUACGUAGUCGCUCGUCACCUUGGAUAGCGAUUUCUCCACUUCUGUGAAUGAAAUCUAUAUUCAUGACCCAGAAAGGCGAGGGUCUAGUUUUAAACAAUUCUGUGUCGAAUGAGUGUAGCUAGUUGGAAAUACCAUAAUUUCUGCUUGCAGACUCAAGUGACCACAUUUCUUGAUAAAUCCGGUUAUGUGGCAUCGGAUGUUGUCAAGUGUACACUACAGUAGUUGCAAGGACUUUUCCAGACACAGCAGCAGAAGUCGUAAAAGUUGAUCCAUCUGCAAGGUUUUGACACUGUAAAUAUGAGGACCAUGCUCUGCCUCACUAUGUACUGACGAUGCCAAGGAGAAAAGUUGGCUUGUAAGUUGGCCCUUCACCUGCCGUGGUUUCAAGCCUGUAUUGUAUCAAAACCAGUGGAUCUCAUGAGGUAGACGUAACGCAGGUUUACUGUCCUAGGCUACAGACGGUAAGCCACGACCUUGUGCGUAAAUCAGAUGAUUCUGUAGAGAUUGUCAAAAUUCAUCACAUUAUCAUGGUGGGAACCAGGAUAGCGGUUAUAAGAGUUCCAGGUCAGGUGUAACGAAGAUGCGUCGCCAGAAAACCCGUGAGGGCAGUAUCUUGUAACAUUGCUCCAAAACACAUCAAACACUUUGAUGCCUGGCACAUGCAGGAAAUCUUGUUUCCAGGAAACUAUGAGUAAAUCGUAUGCUUCUUAGCUUUUACAGGUAAUUAAACCU